AUGGACGGAGGGAGAUUAGCAGAUGAUCAAGCGGAUACUAGGGAGAUGAUACGGGCGAUGCAACAGAGGAUGGAUGAGAUGCAGAGGAACUAUGAAGCGCAGAUGCAGAUUCUACGUGAGGAGAAUGCCAUCCUAAGGCAGAAGGACGAGGGAAUCCCAUCGACGCCUACCGUGCCCGACCCAAACAGGUUGAGUCGUGUACAGCAGCACAGGGACGCCGAACGGGUAGAGAGUCGCCUCCCCCCUACGGGACAUGAGCAGUCACAACCAGCUCGGAUCGAAAGGACACAGGCUUCGAGGGGAAAUCCGUCACACACGGUGGCGGAGAGCUCAGGAGCAAACCACGGGGGCCGCCCGUCGCGUCAGCCGAUCCCCGCGUCGGGAUCCUCCCCUUUCACUACAUACAUUUUGGAGACACCACUACCAGAAAAGUGGAAAAUGCCGACGUUUGACAAGUACGACGGCACCACUGAUCCAGAUAAUCACAUGCGGGUCUUCAUGCAUCAAAUGAUGUUUCACGCCGUCAGCAACCCCAUCUGGUGCCGAGUCUUCUCAACGUCGCUGACGGGGGAGGCGUUGGAGUGGUUCUCCGAGCUGCCGGCCGGCUGUAUCGAUUCGUUUGCCACUUUAAAGGCAAAGUUCAGCACACAGUUCGCGCCCCUGAAACCGGCCGUUCUGACGGUCGACAAUCUGGUGAACAUCCGACAAGAGGAUGGGGAGUCACUGCGAAGUUACCUCGAUCGGUAUAAUCGAAUGUCGGUCAAGAUAAAGGGUCUCAGCGAUGAGAUUGCGCGACACCAUUUCUCUUACGGACUCCAGCCGGGAGUUUUCGCAGACAAGAUAAGCCGUAAGAAGCCGCAGACGAUGGAGGAGAUGAGGGAACGCGCAGCAAAAUUCAUACAGAUGGAGGAUAUGCAGGAGUUUAGGGUGAAGAAGAGGGAGAAGGAGGAUGCUGCGCUCCCGAAGCCGAUCGCUUCUAGACCGAGCAAACCUGCAACUCGACCCACCGAACGAAAGCCACCGAAGUUCACGACCUACACUCCCCUGGCUGUUCCCCGAGCCAGGAUCCUGCAGGAGGCCUUCAGCGUCGAUUCGCUCCCUGCGAUCAGGAAGAAGCCUCCACCACCCGACACCGACGGGAGUAAGCAUUGCCAGUAUCAUCGGACUAUCGGGCAUACCACCGAGGAGUGCCACACGCUCCGCGACAAAAUAGAAGAGCUCAUCCGACAGGGACACUUGAAGAAAUACAUUCGGCAGGAUCGUCCCCAGCGGAGUCCGACGAGGAACCAAAGCCCGAGGAGAAGGGUCCCCCCAACCCGAUCGGAGAAGAAAAGGGAGCCCGAGCGCGAGAAGCGUAGGAGAGGACCAUCCCGAUCACAUCGCAGUCCGAGAAGGAGUCGCAAUCGUGGCCAGGAGAGACCCUUGAGGGGUUACAUCAAUACCAUCUCUGGGGGGUUCGCCGGAGGAGGGUCAAGCUCUGCUGCGCGAAAAAGGCACGUCCGAGCGCUGAAGUCGGUCCACCUGGUCGAGAGAAAUGUCCGCUCGAUGCCUCCCAUCACAUUCACGGACGACGAUUUCAAAGCACCCGACCCAGAUCAUGACGACCCGAUGGUCAUUUCGAUAGAAGUAGCCGAGUACGGGAUCGGGAAGGUGUUGGUCGAUCAGGGGAGUUCCGUCAACAUCUUGUACUGGAAGACUUUCCGGAAGAUGAACUUGUCGGAGGACCUGAUCGUCCCGUUUAACGAGCAGAUCGUCGGUUUCUCUGGCGAGCGAGUCGACACGAGGGGCUAUCUGGACCUUCGUACCAGGAUCAGCUCAAGGAAAGACGGUCGAGAGGUAAGAGUUAGAUUCCUUUUAGUUGAAGCUAACACCUCCUACAAUGUGUUGUUAGGGAGACCCUGUUUGAAUGCUUUCGGAGCGAUCGUGUCUACCCUGCACCUGGCCAUGAAGUUUCCGUCGGAUAGAGGGACAAUUUGCACGGUACAUGCGGACCAACAAGUCGCCCGGCAAUGCUACGCUGCGGGAUUGAAGGUCGCUCCCUAUAGCCGCCCGCGGAAACAACACCGGACGGAAUGA